AUGCCAGAAAUAACUUACACCCCCUACGACGCAACCCAAGAACCGAGACAACUUGAGUCCAUCCGCACGCUGAUAUCCACCGACCUCUCCGAGCCAUACAGCAUCUACGUCUACCGUUACUUUCUCUAUCAAUGGGGAGAGCUAUGUUAUAUGGCAAUGGACGAGGGAUCUAUGAUCGGCGUCGUAGUCUGCAAACUUGAGACCCAUCGCGGCGGGCCGAUGCGUGGGUAUAUUGCCAUGCUAGCUGUUAAAGAACGCUAUCGUGGUAAAGGGAUCGCCACGAAUUUGGUCAAAAUGGCGAUUAAAGCUAUGAUUGAGAGGGAUGCUGAUGAGGUAGCGUUGGAGACAGAAAUUACCAAUACUGCUGCCAUGAGGCUUUACGAAGGGUUGGGGUUUUUGCGGAGUAAGCGAUUGCAUAGGUAUUAUUUGAACGGGAAUUCGGCGUUUAGGUUGCUGCUACCGUUGAAGAGCCAGCAGGAGCUGGGGCAGCGGUACCAUGAGCAUGAGCAUGAGGAGUGCUGUGAACAUGAACAUGGGAAGCAUGAACAUGAGCACGAGCACGAGAGCGUGCACAGCAAAGACGACUGACACAUGACGUUACGUAUGACAGGUGCGGUAGUGCGAGAGAGAGAUGGAAAUUUAACCAUUACGAGGGGUUUUUCUUUUCCUACCGAGUAUUUAUUUAUAAUAACCCAAUUCCCGAUCCUUUUUUUAUUUUUUUAUGAAUAACAAAG